AUGUCGAUGAUCUCAGUGGUACACGACUAUUCUGUCCUAUAUUCGAACCGGAUACUUCAGAAAGACAAGAGAUGGGCCGACGGGAGGCUACGAUAUUACGAGUUCAACAAUAAGAUGGAAGUGUACUCCGAGGAGCAGUUCCUACUAGCUUCUGAUUUCUACCCGUCCAACAAGAAGCUGCCUAUUCAAAGUGGAGCUUUCGAAGAGGGAUCUGAAUUUAAACUUCCCAGUGGAAAGUUUUUGAUUUCAGUGCAAGAAUACUUGGGUUGUUCAGAACGAGACGUGUCGAAGGUGUUCAAGAAGGCAGAUCGAACUCCAGAAACGACAAGUUCGAAGUUUGUAAAAGCUGAACCAUUCAUUAAACUCGAAGAGCCGCCACAAAUGUCAGAGAUUCCACUUCCCGAUCACCUUUCGUUUCUCAAGACGGAGCCCAAAGAGUCCAUCACACCAACACCAAAACCCAGGCGGAUCGGCCUCACGAGAAAGAAAGGAACCACCAAAAAGCAAAGUGAUCUCAGUCUGUUCACUCGAGGCCCAUCUGUUGAGGACAAACUUAGGAAGUAUCUUGAAGGAAGACUGGUAAAAGUCACACGGAUCCCACCUCGAAGUGCUAAUUUGUAUACCCGUCUUAACCAGGAAAUAUCCAUGGGCGUGGAAGACCUCGACAGAAGCAUCAAAGCGGGUUCCGUCACUGGGAGUCCCGAUGGCCAGUACUCAAGGAAACGCAAUCCAGCGCUGCCGAAAACGUUCACUAGAGAGAUCGACCCGUUCCUAGCUCAAUAUCUCAAGCCUUCUGUUAAUGAUAGACACGUGCUGUACUUCAAAAACUUGGAGAAACACACGAAAGUUCGUGGCUAUGACUUCUACAGUCAGUACUUUAACAAAUCUACAAUCCCGGAAAGCCCGAAGCAGAUUCAGAAUCUCCGGGGUAUAAUCAAAGAGCGCAAUCGCGUGGUUUCACCUUUAUGUCGUCAAGUACCAUUUCCCUACCAGGAGUCACUGAGUGACGAUGAGGAUGAAGAUUUUGUACGAGGUCAACGCCGGAGGAUAUCUGGCGGCGAACUGGUGUCGCCCGGACCAACGACUAAAAAACCACACGCGCAGGUGUUCACUACCCGGCUACCGCCCGAUUUUAUGAAAUGUUCCAUUGAUGAUCUCAUCAACCUUAUUUAUCGCAUGCUACAGCUGUUGAUCAACCUUAACGACAAAAGCGUGCCUCUGGUGGUUUCCAAUCCAGGCAGUGCGGAUAGUAGUGAGCUUCCACCCGAAGAGAAGAAGAAGCUUCUUACGAGAUUCCACUCGAGAACUCCGCCGGCGAUCUCGAUCCAAACAUACCUUGCCAGAUUGACCAAGUUCAACAACUUCACGCAAGCAACACUCCUCACAACAAUCUACUAUAUUGACCUCUUGUCGCACAACUACCAGCCGUACUUCACGCUCAAUUCCUGGACUGUGCAUCGGUUUUUGCUUGUGGCAACGAUGCUCGCGCAGAAGCUGCUCGAGGAUUUUUUUUAUACGAACGAUCAUUACGCAAAAGUGGGGGGUGUGGCUCUUACGGAACUCAACUGCCUAGAGCUUGAUUUCCUAACACGGGUCAAUUGGAAGUUGGUGCCGGCGAAGCACUUGGAUAAUAACACAACAUCGAUCCGGUAUAGCAAGCAGGUGCUCGAUCUCUACUAUGAGCAACUCAUCAGUCUCAUGGGCAGCAAUCUAUCCGAGUGCAAUAAUGUCGUUUACAAGCUAGCUGUGGCGGAGCAUAUAUAG